AUGGCCGGAGAUUGCGAGAUUGGUAGCAUGCAAAUUUGUGGGUGCAUCAAUGUUGGGAAGAAUCACAUCGAGGCCAGGACCGAGAUUGCGAUGGAGCCCGAGAACGGCACAUCAGAUGUCAAGCUGGCCGAGGAGGUGUGCCAAAGGCUUUUGGACCAGGCAAGCUCUGACGUUCAACUCAGUUCUGCCAGCUCUGAGGAGUUGGGAGCUGACCUUUGUUGCCCGUACAAGGUGAAGAGUAUUUGCCCGAAGAAGGGCGGCACGAUCUGGGCCGAGGCCUAUGUUGGCACAGAAGGGCACGAGUACAACUACGCACAACUACAUCCACGGCAACAUCAUGGCUUAUCCGGAGAAGAAUCAAUGCAAGGCCUAGGGAGGGGAACACGAUAA